GCAUUGCGUGAUCAGCACUCUCCCGUGUUUCCCAGCCCGUAGGGCGACAGGCAGCCCGCGAUCUUUGUGAGAGUAUCCAGGUCAGCAGAAGCUGAGGGUUGGAGGCGUGGACACUGGUUGUGUCGGUGUCCACCCCACCAUAAUGCGGCCUACGAAUUCCUGUGCUGGAGUUCCUCAUGCUAUGUUGCAUUCAGGAUGGAUUCAAACAUCUGGAGCAACUUGUCGCUGAAUGUGUUGGAGUUGAUAUUUGCUCGCUUGCCUCUACAAUCUCUGGUUCGGCUUCGGCUUCUGUCAAAGCAGUGGUAUUCGCACUUGAGCUCGCCUGCCUUUCAGCAUGCAUUCAGCGACGGACAACCUAAAGAUUUGGCAGUUGUGGAUUUUAAAAGAGCUUGGGCUUAUGAUGCUAAAGUUAGGAGAUGGCACGCCAUUCCUUUGCACUACUUGCCCUUCCAUUCUGUAAUGGCAGCGGAUGGAGGCUUGCUUUGCUGUGUAAAAUUUACCAAACUUGAACAAUGUCUUCAGUUCGUUGUGUGUAAUCCUCUCACUAGUGCGUGGAGGGUGCUCCCAUCAGUUGUUGGGGUGCGGAUGUGUCCUGUAAUAUUUCAUAUGAAAGUGGAUACGCAGUCCAGGCAUUACACCAUCAAAUUUUUAGGUUUUAAUGAACAAGAGGCUUUCUAUAUUUAUAGUUCGGAGAUAAACAGUUGGGAGAAAAUCAGUUAUAGCAGACAAACCGAUGUAAUGGGACGCUACUUCUUGAUCGAUGUGAAUCAUGGUAUUAUUCACACCUGCGACAUACACCCAGGGACGUCAAGCGGGAUCCUGUUUCCGCCGGAUUUUCAGGACAGUGUUGCGCAACUGGAAAUAUCUUUUUUCUUACAAGCGGAAGAAGGCCAUGUCUUUCUGCUGAAAUCGUAUAGCAGCAAGGACCAAGGAGACAGGGUUUGGAGUCAGGAUGUGGGGAUGAAAUGGGAGGAAUUUUGUUGCAUUCCCAAGGCAGACGAGUUGGAGGAAUACAUCUUCUGCGUGUAUCUCUGGAGGGAUGUCAUUCUCCUGCUUGGGAAAAAGAGAGAACUCUUUUAUAAUGAACCUUUUGAGUUGGAUUCAGAGGAGCAUAAACUAGUAGACUCUGGGAACGCUGAAGGCUUUGUUGCAGAUCAGGUGAACGACAAGCUGAUGCUGAUGUUGGACUUGCGCACCAAAAUAUGGACUGACGUGACCGAUCACAGUAUAGAACCCGGACUCUUGUCCAGAUUCAUCAUUGAGUUACGACUUGAUGCAAUUCCUUGAACAGCUGGAUACGCGUGGCCAACAGCUGUUUUAGGAUUGGAGUAGUUAGUGGCGCAUUUGUAAGAGAUCGUGUGCCCAAUUCUUCUUUGAAAGAGUCGAUUACCCCAACUGACUUGCUUCGAAAAGAGCUCCUAUUAGUGAUUAAUGUGUUUGCAACGGAUGCUCUUGUACCAGUUCGGCUCAUGUUUUUACUUACAUUUGCUAACCAUGGAUAUGGUAUUGCAAAAUCAGCUCGAACAUAUUUCAACAGUUAGUUUGUAAUGCUGCUGUGGAUAUCAGUGUCGACAUCUGCAAUGCAUUGCCGGAAUGAGUAGCCAACUGCAGAAGAGCCGGUCCUAGCUUAGGUUUAUGCACGAAGAGGAAGAUUUGACUUGGUUAGGAACGACACUAUUGAACUUGUCAUGAACAGUUUCAGAAGAGCUGGUCCUAGCCGCACUUCAUGACACUAUUGUUUUUGCAUUUGACCAGGUCUAAUCAAUUGCUGCUUGACGCUUUUCAAAGCCAGUAAACCCAAAGAAGAUGUUUCCGAGAUCGUCGAUACCGUUUAUGAAUGUACAAGUAUAGAAGCGAGCCAUAUGGACAGAGGCUCAUCUGUUGUGUGCUUUGACUUGUUCAAGGUGCCUUGUAUUAUAAUGGCCUGCAUCAUCAGUUUCAACAGGAUUUUCUCAGAUGGACUUUCAGUUUUGGGUCAACUUAGCUAGCAUCUAGCAUACUCUACUAGGCACAUUCAUCAGAUAGAUUCUUGCUACCCAGUACCAUUUAGCAAGUUAAAGGGCGCUGUUGUGAAGAAGGGCGUACCCUAACGAAGACUAAAGCUAGUUGGUUAGUUCGUUUACAAUCGGCACGUUGAAUGAUAUUUGGGAAAAUUGCGAAGGUAAAGAGCACGCAUGUGACAUGGGGCGUUGGUGUGUGUUCAUACUUGGUUGAGAAAAAGUCAAAAAGUUGAGAGAGCUAGUUGCUGAAUAAUGUAACGCGAAUCGGAUGAUGAGUAACAGAGAUUGAUGUA